AUGGCCACCGCCAACGCCGCCGCCGCUCCCGGCGCGCCGCCCAGCGAUGACGCCCUCAAGGCCCGCAUCAUCACGCACAUGAACCGCGACCACGCCGCCGAGCUGGCACACUACCUGCGCGCCUUCAACGGCAUCCCCGCCUCGGCCGCCCGCGGCGCCCAGCUCACCGACCUCACCCUCGACACGCUGCACAUCGAGACGUCGGCCUCCGGCACAAAGCCAGCACACACCGUCGCCAUAUCCCCGCCCAUGGCGUCCCUCUCCGAGUCGCGCGUCCGCCUCGUCGAGAUGGCCAAGACGGCCCAGGCCAAGCUCGGCCUGAGUGACAUCAAGAUGGACAACAGCUACACGCGCCCCGAGGGCGGCGGGAUCGCCUCCUUCGCGGGAGUCGCCUUCUACUUCCUCUCCGCCCUCGCGCUGCCCUGGAUCAAGCCCGGCACCGCCGCGUGGGACGUCGUCGACAGCGUGUACCCCUCGUUCGCGGGCGGCGCCGGGGGGUUCGUCUGGCUCACCCGCGCGAUCGUGGUGCCCGUGCUGCUGAUCCACAUCACCGAGGCGUGGUGGAUGGCGCGGACGCGCCUGGCCAAGCACAGCGUCGACGUCGGCAGCAGGACGUGGUGGCUGUGGACGGGCAACACGUUCUUCGAGGGUGCCCCGGCGUUUUGGCGGUUCGACAAGCUCGUCGAGGCGGAGAGGGUGCGGCGGCAAGGGAUCAAGCAUUAG